GAGUUAUAUGUUUAAGUAGAUACCCCUUUCGGGAGUAUUUCGUGUGGGUUAUUUUAUUAGGAUCAUAUUUGGGAUCUUAUCAAUCUGUAGAAAUUUAUAUGAAUGUCCCUUUUCCAGCGGCUAGCUCAUGGUUGGCCAUUAAGUAUGUACGGCUGGGUUGUUCUUCCCAGAGGAGCAGGGAUUGUCAGUGUAAUGAUAGAAGACGCAUGCUGGAUGUUUGUCUGUGAUGGGCAGAACCCAGACAAAUUAAAGGCAACUCAGGAUGCCUUAUGCACGGGAAGAUCCGCGUAUGCUCAGGCUAAUUGAGAAAGAGGGAGGGCUCGAGGUAUCUUUGCCCAGGAUGGUCAGAGUAGGGGAGUACCUCCCUUCAUGGUGGGGCAUGUUGAUAGGCACGGACACGUUUGUCUGGAUCGAGUCUGGGUUUGAUGAUGAGCGGAAAUGCGCAAUGGUAAGGGUGACCCUGUACGCCUCAGCCGCCUUCUGGAUCGAGCAUGGGAUAGAGUUGGCGCUUGGGCAUGGAAGCUUGUUUGCUAAGCCUCUGAGGGUAGUCGAGGCAGCUGCAGCAAAGUCGGCGAGAGGAGUGUCUCGGGGCGGAGAAGAGCAAGUACUAACCCGUGUAGAGGUCAGACGCGCUGAAGAGUUCGAACUUCCAUCUGCUUCGUUGCGAGUAAUCCUGCGUGAGUUUUUGAUAGAGAAGAGUUUUGGUGGGCAGGCGAGGGUAGAGGCGGCAGCUGAAGCUUCUCUGAGGGCGCGAGAUUGGGAGUAUGGGCGAUACACAUGUGAACUGAUAUAUGAUCUAUACCUAGACCUGAGAUUCCUGCCCUCUAGUCAGUGGCUCAGGAACAACGCCAAUACGCUGGACGUAUACGCCUCGUCUCAUGAUCCGAAUGAGGGAAACGUGGACUGGGAGGAGAUUCGGGCACCUUACGAAAUGUGGGACGAGAAGACGAUGUGGUACAUGCUCCUCGUGUUCGUUUGUGAAGGACUAAGUGAGGAGGUGUACACCCUCAUGUUGAAGUCGCAAACCUGGGAGGAGUUGGAAGCUUCUCUGAAGUUGAGGUUACUUGAGGAUGGGGUGGAAUGCAGGCUUGGUAAGGGCCCUGAGCAACCAGCCGAGGCCGCGUCAACGCAAGGAGAGCUGAGUGGUAUACAGAGGCAAGUUGGAAUGCUGGAAGAGAGGUUGGCGCGGUUGGAAGAAGCCAGGCAUGGCGAGAGGAAGACCUUCGAAGGAGCAUCUGACGGACCGGCUGGGCAGGGUGAGGCUGAGGUAAGGGAAGAUCACCAGGAGUUGCUCCUCCACAAGAAGACCCCGAUAGGGCAAGUUUGCGCCCUAGAAAGAGAUGAAAACGAGGGGGUCAUUGAGAUCAAGGAGGAGCGAGAAUCUAGUAUGACCCUACUCGUUAUUGUGCCGGAGCCGAGGGGAGGGCCCAUUGGCAGAGAGGCACCGUCGGCUGCGGGUUGGGAGAGGCAAAGGAAUGAGUGGUGGCCAGAGCAUUGGGAAGAGGCGGUAUGUGAUCGUUGGGGAAAGAUUGACCGUACCCCUCAAGGAGACAAGGAAAGGGGGGUGAUGGGUGAAAAAGAGGAGCCUGAACCUCCCAAGUUGACGAAGGCUCAGUGGAAGGCGAGGAAUCGGGCCCAGAGGGGCCAAGGUACCAGCAAAGGGCAGGGCAUGCCGCAGGGAGGGGCCACCCCGCAAGAAUUGGGAGGAAAGCCAACACAAGCGGGACCUCCGCAGACUAAGCGGGCAUUAUACGGGCCGUGGACGCCAUACGGUCAAGUGGGAACAAGACCCAUAUAUAAUUCAUAUCUGCCCGGUGUACAAGGCAUUUGUUUGGGUCCGCAAAUGGGUAUGAUGCCACCCAGGCCUCCUGCGGUCCAGUUUCAGCCAGCCUUGUGUAUGGGGCCAUUGCAGCCACCAAUACCACGAACGACGGAAGGCCACGUGGCCGGUGGAAGGGGUCAAAAUCGGAAAGCAGAAAAGGGUUGCAGGGACGAAGGGCACGGAAAGAGGGAAUGUGGUGGCAGCAAAGGCGGCCCUGGAGGGAGAAAGUGGGUUGGGGAAAAGACAUUUGCAGACAUUGUGCCAAGGAGGGGCACAUAAUGAAGUUUUGUCAAGAACGAAGGACCGAUGAAGCAAGCGGUCUUAUAAGGACAGAUAUUGAGGGAGGUGUUUUUGACAGGGAUGGGGAGCGUAUCGACCCAACCAUCCCUGGGGGAACACGGAAGGAAGCUUUGCGGCGAGAGGCAGCAUCAGGCACGGCCUCGUGAAAGUAGUCGUAAGGAGAAAGGGUUUGUGAGAGGAGGGCCUGAAAAUUUAAGCAGGCUAUAAAUGCAAGUGGGAAAUCU